GUCCCUCCUGACAUUUUCAGCAGGCGACUCAAGCGAGAGAAGCUGAAAGGAAGCCCUGUGUGCGUGACAGAGAGAGAAAGAGAGAGAGAGAGAGAGAGAGAGAGAGAGAGACAGAGACAGAGACAGAGAGAGAGAGAGAGAGAUCCUACAAAAGCUCAGAUCCCUCCAGGAAACAUCACACUGCUCUUUGGGACCGCGGAGGAAGAAAGGCGUCUUUAUCUUUGGGUGAAGCUCAGCUUCAACUUGUGAUCCAUACACAUUUUCCUUCCUGAUAAACAGAGCCACAGGAUAACAAAAAAGGAGACAUGUCCAGUGCCAUCCUGAGAAGAAACUCCAGCAAACAGGGCUUACAGAAUCUGCUGAAAGUGACAGCACAGCGGAGCAUUGAGGAUGCUGAGGAAAUUGAGCGGGAGCGGCGUCGCAGGGCGAGAGAGGUGAUCCGCAGCACCAGCAGCCAGUCGAACUCUGGGCCCAUGGUCGAGGACAACCUGUAUGAGGGCGAGCUGAAGCCCAGCAGCCAGCAGUCCCUAGAGGAGGACGAGGGCUUCAGUGACUGGACCCAAAAGCUAGAGAGGCGCAGGCAGCGGCGCCUGGAGGAGCAGGGCCAGACUGAGGAAGAAGAGUGGGACCAGAAUGUUGCUGUAGAGAGGACCCGCCACACCACGCGGCUGGCAAAGGGAUGGGGGGACGAGGAGCAGGAGGAAGACUGGAGGAGGAAGGAGAGCGAGAGGAAGAGGUGGAGGGAGUGUGAGGAGGCAAUGCAGGGUGAUGACAGGGUGUGCCAACAAAAGGAGAGAGAUGAGGAAGCGAAGAAGCUGAGGGAGGAGGAAAAGAUGAAAGCGGUGAAGAAGAAAGAGCCUGAUCAAAUAACAGAUGAAGAGGGAAAGGCCAAAGAGAAGAGGAAAGAGGUGAAGGUCUCAUACACAUCCGAAGUCUUCCUGCAGCAGGAAGCGAAGCAUAUCAACAGCAAUGGAAAUGCAGCUGGGGAGGAAGUGAUGUCACAUCUUGUUAAAACAAAAAGGACACCAAGGAGCCUGAGCCAGACACAGGAGAGCAAUGAAGAGGCAGAGGUGUUCCUUGAGACGGAGCAGAAGCUGGAGAAGAUCCGCCGAAGUCACCAGGAGAAGGAGAGCCAGGAGCUAGAGCAGCUGAGGCAGCGGCAGGCAGAGGCAGAGGUGGAGUUGGAGGAGCUGAAAAAGAGGAGGGAGGAGAGGCGCAAAGUCCGCGAGGAGGAGGAGCGCAGGAGGGAGGAGGAGGACUACCAGCGCCAGCUCAGGGAGGAGGAGGAGAAGAGACACAUGAAGGAGGAGAUUGAGAGGAGGAGGAUGGAGGCAGCAGAGAGAAGGAUGAAGAACCUCAGCACCUCCAGCGCCGAUGGAGAGGAGCCUUUCAGCCCACUCAGCCCCAGGAGCCCCUCCUUUAAGAGUGAGAGUGACGACAGGGUGACAGCAGAGAGCACAUACUCGAUUACAGAGCGAACAGAGUCGCUGAAUAGAUCUCUGAAGAAGAGCAACAGCAUUAAGAAGAUGCAGUCCCCUCUGCUAACAUCCAAGAUCGAUGACAAACUGGAGCAGUACAGCCAUGCCAUUGAGAUCUCCUCCAAGGAAACCAGGGCAUCCAAGCAGGGGCUGAUGGACAUUCCAAGUCCCCCCGAACCUGUGUCAUCCAAAAAGAGCCUGUUUGAGGCUGGGGAAGUGUGGAACCAGAACUCCCUCAAGAGCACACCAACGAAGGAUGCAGAGGGCCUGAAAGUGGGUGUGGCAGACCUGAUUACCCAAUGGGUGAAGGGCAACCCUGACAGCAGUAGAACCUCCCCUUCCAAACCAGCUGACAUUAAAGCGGGUGACGUACUUCACAAGAAGAACCUGUGGGAGUCUAUAGGAGAGACUUCCACCUCUGGGAGGGCAGGACCUGGUGGGAAAGGAACCCCAUCUGGUAAAAGGUACAAAUUUGUUGUGACAGGCCAUGGCAAAUACGAGAAGAUUCCUGUCAGUGAUGGUGAUUACGACGUGUACAUGAAUGGAAAAUCAACUGGACUGUGUCAUGAAGAGUCAUGAAGUGUUGAUGAUGGUUGCCUUAAAAGUCCAACUUCUCCUUAUUUAUGAUGUCAUGGAUUCACACUAUAUUUGUUGCUCAGACUGCUCAUCUACAUAACAAACGUCUUCCAUUCUGUCACCCCCUUUAUGGUAUUCAGCAGUAAUUCAGUUUAAUAAUUUCAAUAAUCAGAAUAACCUCUUGUUAUGGAUGCAUUUUACAAAUGAAAUCUUUGUAU